CCUACUCCAUCUCCACCUCCGUCUCCAUCCCCAUCUCCCCCUCACCAGCAGGCUCCCAAUCCAGCAGGGGCUCAUCUCAAAAUCAACUUUGACCUCCUGCAGUGCUCUGACGAGCAGAAGGUUAUUUGUGGCCGCUAUAUGCUUAAGGGAAGUGCCGCCUUGUGGUGGUCCGGCUAUCGGAGGUUGAGGCAGGCGGAGUUUAAUGCCUUGACUUGGGAUCGUAUGAAGGAAGUGAUCAUGGAGAAGUAUUAUCCUCAGGGUUAUCGCAUGAGGAUGGAGCGCACUUUCUGGGAUCUUACCCAGGGGACUGGUACCGUUGAGGAAUACGAGCAGGAGUUCACCUGCAUGAGCGCCUUUGCUCCACAUAUGGUGGACACUGACCUGAAGAAGGCUCACAAGUUCCGAGAUGGGCUGAGUCAAACUCUUCGUAUGCAUGUUGCUAGCCAGGGAAAUCUUUCCUUUGAUGAGACUGUUAUCCGAGCCACCCAGCUGGAGAGUUAUCAGACUCUCGAUACUUCUGUCCCUUCUGCUCAGCUAGUCCAGCCUAUUGCUUCUGCACCGCCCGACUCUAGUUCGGGUAAGAGAAAGUUUGAUUCCCGUUGUGAUAACCGGAAGGGAAAGCGUGGCGGGAAUGACCGUCGUGGCGGGCGACCUGCAUCUUAUGAUCAGAAUCCGAAGUGCCCUAAGUGUGGUCGAUAUCAUCCGGGAGAAUGCCGUUUCACUCAGCGAGUUUGCUUCAACUGCAUGAAGCCCGGCCAUUUCUUCA